UCGCCGCUGGCUCACCGGUCUCGGCCGGAGUCCUACUCUUGGCCAGGUGGAGAUCACACCUGCUUUUCGUAGGCGUCAUGCGGUCGUCGGUUCGGAACCUGGCCCUGAACGAUGGCGAGGAGGGCUCGGACAGCACGCCUCUCCUGCGGGGUUCCCCGAGGACUGAAGCCGCUCCAGUAUGCUGCUCUGCUCGUUACAACUUAGCAGUUUUGGCUUUUUUUGGUUUCUUCGUUCUCUAUGCAUUACGUGUGAAUCUGAGCGUUGCAUUAGUGGAAAUGAUAGAUGUGAAUACAACUGUAUCAGAUAAUAGAACUUCCAAGGAGUGUGCAGAUCAUUCUGCUCCCAUAAAUGUUCUUCCUAAUCAAACGGGUAAAAGAUAUCACUGGGAUGCAGAAACUCAGGGAUGGAUUCUCGGUUCCUUUUUUUAUGGCUACAUCCUCACACAGAUUCCUGGAGGAUAUAUUGCCAGCAAAGUAGGUGGCAAACUGCUGCUAGGAUUUGGGAUCCUUGGCACUGCUGUCCUCACGCUGUUCACUCCUGUUGCCGCAGAUUUAGGAGCUGUACCUCUCAUUGUGCUCCGAGCGCUGGAAGGACUAGGAGAGGGUGUUACCUUUCCAGCUAUGCAUGCCAUGUGGUCUUCUUGGGCUCCCCCUCUCGAAAGAAGCAAGCUUCUUAGCAUUUCAUAUGCAGGAGCACAGCUUGGGACAGUAAUUUCUCUUCCUCUUUCUGGAAUAAUUUGCUACUACAUGGAUUGGACUUAUGUCUUCUACUUUUUUGGUGUAGUUGGAAUAUUUUGGUUUAUUUUAUGGAUCUGGUUAGUUAGUAAUACACCAGAAACUCACAAGACAAUCUCCCAUUAUGAAAAAGAAUACAUUCUUUCAUCAUUAAGAAAUCAGCUUUCUUCACAGAAGUCAGUGCCAUGGAUACCCAUUUUAAAAUCACUGCCACUUGGGGCUAUUGUAGUUGCACAUUUUUCUUACAACUGGACUUUCUAUACGUUAUUGACAUUAUUGCCUACUUAUAUGAAGGAGAUCCUAAGGUUCGAUGUUCAAGAGAAUGGAUUUUUAUCUGCAGUGCCUUAUUUUGGCUGUUGGUUAUGCAUGAUCCUGUCUGGUCAAGUUGCUGACAACUUAAGGGCAAAAUGGAAUUUUUCAACUAUAUGUGUUCGUACUCUUUUUAGCCUUAUAGGAAUGAUUGGACCCGCGGUAUUCCUGGUAGCUGCUGGAUUUAUAGGCUGUGAUUAUUCUUUGGCCGUUGCGUUCCUAACCAUAUCAACAACACUGGGAGGCUUUUGCUCUUCUGGCUUUAGCAUCAACCAUCUGGAUAUCGCCCCUUCGUACGCUGGUAUCCUCCUGGGCAUCACAAAUACAUUUGCCACUAUUCCAGGAAUGGUUGGGCCCGUCAUUGCUAAGAGUCUGACCCCCAAUAACACUGUUAGAGAAUGGCAGACUGUUUUCUAUAUCGCAGCUGGUAUUAAUGUAUUUGGUGCCAUUUUCUUUACGCUAUUUGCGAAAGGUGAAGUGCAGAGCUGGGCUCUCGAUGAUUACCAUGGACACAGAAACUGAAGGAACCAGUCAAUUAGCCUGUCUCUAUUGUGUUUUUAUUUAUCAUGUAACCUAAAAGUGCCUUUGAUAUUUUAAUAUGUAUUCUACACACAAGAAAAUUGUACCUGUAUUAAAUGUUUAAGGCUUAUAAUCAUGAAAUGUUACCAGUUGACAGAUUAGUAAAAUUAGCUAUUUUUAAUUAUUAUUAAUAUAAAUGCUGGAACUUACACUUUAGGUUCACGUACCUGGCUGCAAGUCAGUCAACCUGAAGUAGGGAAGUUCUACUUAAUUCUAAGGGACCAUACUUAAGGGAAUAAGCUGAAAUGAUUCCCAUAAUACCUUUGCUUAAUUAAAGUAGGUAAGAAUUCUCAGGUCUUAUCAAAUACCUGUUUUUGCUCACUUUCCUCAUAAAAACUAUUUAUUGUCAGCUCUUCCUGACACUUAAGUCUCAAAUUUAACAUCUCCAGGGAGCUGCCUGUCCGUGUAAUUUGGCCUGGCAAGUGAUCCAAGGGAAGCAUGCCCAGGCAGCUGCCAAGCACUCCCUCCCUGGCUCCAGGGACUGAGCGGCCAGCAUUUCUCAGAGGUGGCAUCCAGACCUGGGUCUGUGUCAGGCUUGGUGAUGGUAUUCUUCCUCCCAGGGGCUACACAUGUGUAGGUAGAGCCCUGAGUUGGCAGAGGAGCAGGGAACUCUGCAGCUGUGAUCUGUCCAUCCUCAGUCAUUCCCUUUCCAGCAACCGAAAUACUGACCUGCAGAAGAAAAGGAUGAUACCCAAUCAGUCACAAAUGCUAUCAUCCUUGAUAAAAACUAGUUUCACAUGAAUCAGAGUAUAAAUUAGAAGUUCUGUGUUUUAAUCUAGAAUUUAAAAAUAAAAUUUAACUCUCACUUUGUCUUCAGUCUGUCCUCACAUAAGCUUCUGGUCACAGUUUAGAGUUAAGUGACUUUUAAAAGCCACAUGACCGGAGACCAGUAAAAUCACCUUUACCACCCAUUCCCCAAAUCGUAUUUUUUCUAGGUUUGUUUUUUUUUUUUUUUCCCUUGGACCAUCCUCCAGUGAUAAGUGAGCAUGCUUUAAGGGCAUUUAUGUGAUUUAAAACUUGAUUUAUAUUAUGUUGUGUUUGUUCAACACUACCUGUAACAUUUUAACUAAAGCUGUCUAAUGUAAUAAGAUGUAAAUUCAUUUAUGUAAAUUAAUUUUUAAAUUUGUAAAUAGCUUUAAGUUGCUGUGGUGAUAUUUCUUUUAUAAAUCAUCAAAAUAAACCUUCUGGAUUGAUUUUUGAA